GAACAAGGACAGCACUUCCGGCCUUCCGCCUUGCACGUGUGUUUACAUCAAAUUGGAUAUUGCUAUCUUUGUCAUUGGUUUUUAUGACAGUUUUACAAACUGUGGGUAUUUAUCCAAAGGUGGAAAGAUGGGAAAGCUGAACGUAAUCAUUUUAAGAUACUUAUCUCGUGAUGAUUUCCGUGUCCUCACAGCGGUGGAGAUGGGGAUGAAAAACCACGAAAUAGUCCCCGUCAGUCUGCUGUCCUCCAUCGCCAGUCUGAAACACGGAGGCUGUAACAAGAUUCUUCGGGAGCUCGUCAAACACAAGCUGGUGGUCUAUGAGCGCACCAAGACGGUCCAAGGAUACAGAUUGAAUUACGGAGGGUAUGAUUAUCUUGCCCUAAAAACUUUGUGUGCUAGAGAUGUUAUUGUCUCUGUUGGCAACCAGAUGGGAGUGGGUAAAGAAUCAGAUAUUUUCAUCGUGGCCAGUCCAAAUGGGGAGCAGUAUGCUUUGAAACUUCACAGAUUGGGUCGUACAUCUUUUAGAAAUUUAAAAAACAAAAGAGAUUACCACAAACACAGAAGGAAUAUGUCUUGGCUCUACUUAUCCAGGCUCUCUGCCAUGAAAGAAUUUGCAUAUAUGAAGGCGCUGUAUGAUAGAGGUUUUCCAGUUCCCAAGCCAAUCGACUACAACAGGCAUGCUGUGGUCAUGGAGCUGAUCAAUGGAUAUCCCCUGUGCCAAGUUCAUGAGUUGCAAGAUCCUCCAGCCCUUUAUAAUGAAUUCAUGGAACUUAUAGUGAAACUGGCAAAUCAUGGCUUAAUACACGGAGACUUCAAUGAGUUCAAUCUGAUGUUGGAUGACCAGGACCACAUAACUAUGAUUGACUUUCCCCAGAUGGUGUCCACAUCACAUGCUAAUGCUGAAUGGUAUUUCGACCGUGAUGUCAAGUGUAUCAGGGACUUUUUUGCCAAACGUUUUAAUUAUGAGAGUGAGCUCUUUCCUACCUUCAAAAAUAUUAGGCGGUCACAUUCUCUUGAUGUUGAGGUUUCAGCUAGUGGCUUUACAAAGGAAAUGGAAAAAGACAGUGAUUUGCUGCAUCCCACUGGACCGGAGAGCGAAGAUGAUGAUGAGGAAGAGGAGAUUGAAGAGGAAGAAAUUUGUGAAAAAGAACCAAAUGACACAAUAGAUUUAGAGGAAUUUAAGCAUGCAAUGUUGGAACUUGAAGGUCUCAAAGUUGAGGCCUCAAAUGAUGAGAGCUCAAAUUUAAAAGAAGACGACGUAAAAACAUUAGAACAACCUGACACUGAGAUUGAACCAAAAGGAAAAAAUGAGGAUGAGGCUGAAGAAGAGAUGAAUGAAGCAGAUGAUGUAUGUCCAGAGUUAACAGAUCUUUCUACCUCCAACAGAGACUUCAAACCUUUCAGAGACCCAGAAAGUAUUCUACACAUUGCAGAACACAGGAGGCAAAGAGCAGACAGUGAAAAUACAGUGGGCAGUAUAGGAAGCUGCUCUACCAUACCACCUGAUGUGGUGCGACAGAAAGUGCGGAGACAACUCACCAAGCAGCAAAAAGCAGCACAGAGAAGAAGGCUGCAGAAAGGAGAGGCCAACCUGGUGACAAAAUCAAGGAGGGACACACAAAAUACAAUUAAAUCCAGUAUGGAGGGUGCUGAAUUCUGGGGAUAAUUCUGAAAAUGGAUGCUCUGUUUUCUCUGUUUUUGUUUUAUCAAGGUUUCAGAGGUUUUCUUCAAGAUGGACUCACUCGCCAUAUCAACCGAACUGUCAUUCUGUCACAAUACAUUAUGAUAUAUAAUUUACUAGUAUUUAUCACUUUAGACACAAAUAUGAAUUCUUGAUGUUCUAUUAAAUAAAGUAAAAUUAAAAUAGAGUUAACAUUC